CGCCACUGUUUAAACUGGCAGUUGUUGCUGUCAGAAAAGAAAAUUUCUGCGAAUAAUGGCGGAUCCGUACAACGUUCCAUUAUAGCUCAUAUAAGAAGAAACGGCGUUAUUUAAUGUUUCUACCACUACCCAUGUCUAAGUCUGGCUAGUUAGCUUAGCCUAAAAAGCACAAAUAAUAGCAAUAAUGUCGCUGCCUCCAGAGAAAGCUUCCGAGCUGAAGCAAAUCAUUCACAACCAUCUGCUCAAGAUGGAUAUCCAUGGGAAGAUCCGAGAGGUGCUGGCUGAGACUGUGAGGGAUGAUGAAGGCCCAGCACGUCGGUCUCUGUCUGAGGCAGAUUUCCUGCGUGCUCUGCAGCGCAGAGGCAUCAUAGAUGAUAUGAUGAAAGAUCUUCACUUUACUCAGGAAGCCGGCACAGAAGCAGAAACAGGAUCGCCUACAAAACCUGCUGCUCACUUUGUCGAUAAAGAUAUCACUCAUCUGAAAAAAACCAAUAUCGACCCAUCAAGGCGAUGUCUGUAUCUCCAGGUGCUUGGAGGCAAAGCCUUUUUGGAGCAUCUCCAGGAGCCGGAUCCCUUACCUGGUCAGGUGUGUUCUACCUUCACACUCUACCUGCACUUCCGCAACCAGAGGUUUCGAUCAAAGCCAGUGCCCUGUGCCUGUGAACCUGACCUCAAGGAGGGCUUCCUGUUAGAAAUCCACAGAGACGGUAUAGGGGAAAGUGGUAAGAUGGCAGAUGCGACCUCCAUGCUGUCAAUGUGUGACCCAGUGCACUUUGUGCUGAUAAAAACAGACACCUCCAGUGAAACAAUGCUUGUCUCAUCCUACUUCCUGGACUGGAGGACUGUCCUAAGCUCGCCCAGUAGCAAGACCUGCUUUGCUGUAGAGCUGAUGGGAGUUGGAAGUGAAUCCAAAGUCCCGGCUGGUGUUUUGACGGUCAGCCUGGAGCUCUACCCUCCUCUCCCAGAGAUUCUGAGUGCUGACAUCAUCAGCACACAGCAAUCACUGGAGAGGCAGAGGGCGGCCGAGAAGGAGAGGCUCUUCUUGGUUUAUGCCAAACAGUGGUGGAGGGAGUUCCUGGAGAUCCGUCCGUCAAAUCAGACCAAGCUGGUCAAGAUUUUUGCACAGGAUGAGAAUGGCGUCAACAGGCCAGUUUGCUCCUACGUACGUGUCCUCCGGGCGGGCCGCCUCCUGGAGAGCCCUCGGCAGGCGGCCCGCUUCGUCAGCCUUCUAGCCCACGAGAAGGCUCCGGUGGUGGGAGGAGGAGGCAAGCAGGAGCAGUGGUGCACAUUAAUGGCUUUCCUGUGUCGAGGGAAGGGGGACUGUGAGGAUCACGCCACCCUGCUGUGCAGCCUCCAGCUGGGUUUUGGCAUGGAUGCAUACGUGUGCGUGGGCACCAAAGCCAAAGGAGUGCCACAUGCCUGGGUCCUGACCCGUGGUACUGACGGGAGCAUCACUUUCUGGGAAAGCCUGACAGCGCACAGAAUGAGAUUAUCAGCUAAAUGCCUCUUUUUCUUCCCCCUACCUGAUUUUCUUCAGAAUCAGUCACGGUGGAAAGCAAUGAGUGAAGAGGCUCUGAAGUCUGUUUGUGCUCCAGGCUCCACCACCUCUCUGCCCCCUCUGCCUCCGCUCUGCUCCCCGUCUCUGGAUCCGGCUGCAGCCAGCAACCAGCUGGAGCUGGAGAUGCGCUACCUGGUAUCUGAGCAUAGGAAGGACCUGGAUCUUGCGACAAUGUGGGACGACCACCUGUCCUACCUGCUGUCCUCGGCUCUGUCAGCCUAUGAGCUGGAACGCUGCACCGGUGUCUCCUGCGGCAACGAGGAGUUCCAGGACGCCGUGAGGAGGGCCGUGCCAGACGGACACACUUUCAAAGGCUUCCCUAUACACUUUCUUCACCGUAACGCUCGUCGGGCCUUUGCCACCUGCCUCAGGUCCCCCUUCUGUGAGGAGAUAGUGUGUUGUCGUGGCGAUCACGUGAGGCUGGCUGUCCGCGUUCGGGUGUUCGUUUAUCCCGAGAACGCGUGCGCAGUGUGGAUCAUGUUUGCCUGUAAAUACCGUUCUGUACUCUGACCAGCAGAUGGAUGGCGCCCAGGAAACCCCGGCCUGUGUUGCACUUUGACCCCACACUGGAUUUUAGGACACCACAGGGACACACCGGGACUCACAAUGAGACUAAAUUUAUAUUAAGCUCUACUAUUGCACAGACAUGUUUGUGGCUCUGCUUUGAUGGUCGGGCCUUUAUUUUGUAGUGGACUCAUUUGUACAGACAUUUACAUUAUUUAUUUUUGCAAAUAAACCCAACUUUGCUUA